UACGUGCACAGUGCUAAAGAAAGGAAAUUUUAGGAAAAAGAGCACAGUAAGACUGACUUUGUGAGGGGAGAACACUUUUACUGUUUUCUCAGUUACCAAGCUGAUUUUUUUAAGAAUCCCAAGUUCAUUUUUAAGAUUUGGUGACUUUUACACUCCUAAACGCAUGAAACUUCUCUUAACACUUUUUUCAGCAAAAAGCUUAGAAUACAUAACUAUCACUCCGAUUGCAGGACUCAAAGAUAACAACAUAAAAAAAACUUUUUGUCUGCAGCUCAAUCCAGGUUUUAAUGCAUUUUGUUUUUCUCUGUGCUAAUAGACGUCAGAAAAGUGAUUGCAUUUAAGGAUGCUGAUGUGUGUUGCUCAAUAUCUGUCUAUGCUUGAAGACUCCUAACGUUUUGGCUAAAAAGAAAAAAACCCACCCACUUCUGUGAUCACUCUUCCUGGCUUUCUCCCUAUUAAAUCUAAUGGAAAACUUUGUGAAACAUUCCAAGGUUCGAGAAUUUUAGCUUGAAGACCUCACUGAGAAGAAAUUCAGACAAGACAGAAAAAAAAACAAAGGCUUAAAACAGAUUUUUCUUUGCAUGUCUGCUGGAAACUUUAGACAAACAACAGAUUCACCAAGGAAGAAGGACAUACUAAAGGGGAUUUAAACCGUGAAGAAGACCACAGAAAAUGUAUCUUUAUUUAGUAACAGGAUUAUUGAUAGCGACAUGGCAAAUUACCUGCUUGGACAUCUUUCCAACGGACUCUGAGAUUGUUCUUAAUGUGAGCAGCAAUAUCACUCUGACCUGUGUUGCUGAAGCAAAAGUUGUAUGGGAGCAUGAUGGACAAUUCAUUGACACAACACUGGAGGUCAAAGAUGGCAUCUUUAUUAGUAAACUGACUCUUCAUAAUGUGACUGGACAGGACACAGGAUAUUAUUCAUGUUUUUUCAACCAGUCCAGUGGAGAACAGGAGGAGAAGUACUUGUACAUCUUUGUUCCAGACCCUUCAAUGUGGUUCCUACCAAUCAGCCUGGACGAUGCAUUUUUAUUCAAAACUUCAGAAGGUGAUGACACCAUUCCAUGCCGGGUGACCAAUCCCAAUGCAACCGUCAUAUUGCUUACCAAGAACACUGACACAGAAAUUACUUUCAACCACUAUGACAAGAAGAAAGGUUUCACUGGGAACUUUGCAGACGAUGCAUAUUAUUGUAAAGCUUCUUAUAAAGGAACUGAGGUCUCCUCCGAUAUGUAUUAUAUCUACAGAGUACACGUUUCAUCAAUUAACAUGACCCUUAAUGCAUCGAAGACGUUGGUGAAAAAAGGUGAAAAUUUCAGUUUGACGUGCGCUGUUUUUGGAAAUGAACUUAUACAUUUCUCUUGGGAAAGUCCCGACAAGGGCACGGAAUCCAUAAAAACGGAUCACUCGAUUUUAGAUAACAAUGUUCUUAUAUCAGUUCUAACAGUUGAGAACGCUGAUUUGAAAUACUCCGGUGAAUAUACUUGCAGGGCAGCAGAAAUAUUUUAUGGGGCCUCCGAAGAAAAGACAUUUAACAUCAGUGUUAUAGAUAAAGGCUUUGUGAAACUCACUAUAUAUGGAAACUACACCCCGAUUGCAGAAUUACAUAAAAGCAAAUCUAUUCAAGUGCUCGUUGAGGCUUAUCCAAUGCCUACUAUAAUGUGGCUAAAAGACAAUACUACUCUAUCAGGGGAAAAAAACAAUCAAGUAACUAUUGCGAACAGAAACAUAAGUGAAAAUAGAUACAUCAGUGAAAUAUUCCUUAUACGUGUAAAGGAACAAGACAGAGGAUAUUACACAAUCAAAGUAUUUAAUGAAGAUGAUUAUCAGGAGAUAUCAUUCUAUAUUCAAGUGAACAUGCCACCAGUAAUAGAAAGUGUAAUAGACAAUCACCCAGCAAGUGGUGGACAGAUAGUGGUAUGUUCUGGAUAUGGAAUGCCUUUGCCAAACAUCGAAUGGUACUACUGCAAUGAACUGAAAAGGUGUAACAAAGGCUGGGAGACUUGGAACCAUCUUGAAAAUAGCUCCUUGUUGCUGGAGUAUGACACAAACAACACUGUGGUCUAUUCAGUGGAACAUGGUACAUACCAUUUGAGGAGUGUGCUUUAUUUCCAAGGUUUGAAGGAUUCCCUCGCUGUUCGCUGUUCCAUCAACAAUGAAUAUGGAACUUACUACCGAGAUGUCACACUUGUGCCAAAUUAUUGGCCCUUCAAAGUUGUUCUUUUGUCUGUUAUACUAGCACUGGUAGCCUUAAUCAUAAUUUUCCUGUCAAUUCUUAUCAUUUUGCUGCACAAGAAACCACGUUAUGAAAUUAGAUGGAAGGUAAUUGAAUCUAUCAGUUCGGAUGGCCAUGAAUACAUUUAUGUUGACCCACUGCAGCUUCCAUAUGAUUCCAGCUGGGAGUUUUCCAGAGACAAACUUGUUUUAGGACGAACACUCGGCUCAGGGGCGUUUGGUAGGGUGGUUGAAGCUACAGCUCAUGGAUUAGGACAUGCCCAGUCUACCACAAAAGUAGCCGUGAAGAUGCUUAAAUCAACAGCAAGAAGUAGUGAAAAACAGGCUCUCAUGUCCGAGCUGAAGAUUAUGAGCCACCUCGGCCCACACAUUAACAUUGUCAACUUGUUGGCAGCUUGUACUAAAGGAGGACCCAUAUAUAUUAUAACUGAGUACUGUCGAUACGGAGACCUUGUGGAUUACUUGCAUCGCAACAAACAUACCUUCCUCCAGUACUAUGCAGAUAAAGGAAGAAAAGAAGCUGAAAUCUAUAGCAAUACCUCAACUGGGGAAAGAAAGCAGAGUCCUAACUCCUUUUCUGUAGAAAGUGAUGGAGGAUACAUGGACAUGAGUAAAGAUGAUUUGUAUUAUGUGCCGAUGUUGAACUUACAAGAUGAAAUCAAGUAUGUUGAUAUUGAGUUAUCAAACUAUGGUACAACCUACGAACUGGAAAAUUACACACCAUCAGCUCCAGAGAGGACAAACAAUUUCACCCUCAUCAAUGAAUCACCAGUCCUAAGUUUUACUGAUCUAAUUGGAUUUAGUUACCAAGUAGCCAAUGGGAUGGAGUUCCUCGCGUCUAAAAAUUGUGUUCACCGUGAUUUGGCUGCAAGAAAUGUUUUGAUCUGUGAUGGGAAACUGGUAAAAAUUUGUGACUUUGGACUUGCAAGAGACAUCAUGAGAGACUCAAAUUAUAUAUCCAAGGGCAAUACUUUCCUUCCUCUUAAAUGGAUGGCACCAGAAAGCAUAUUUAACAACUUAUACACAACUCUCAGUGAUGUGUGGUCAUUUGGAAUUCUCCUUUGGGAAAUCUUUACUUUAGGUGGAACGCCAUACCCUGAGCUACCAAUGAAUGAGCAGUUCUACAAUGCCAUAAAAAGAGGCUAUCGUAUGUCAAAGCCUUCCUAUGCAUCCGAAGAGAUAUAUGAAAUUAUGCAAAAAUGUUGGGAUGAGAAGUUUGAGAAAAGGCCGUCUUUUUCACAGUUAGUGGACCUCACCGGAAGUCUUCUUGCUGACACCUAUAAACAGAGAUACAAAAAGGUGGAUGAAGAAUUUUUAGGAAGUGAUCACCCUGCCGUGGUUCGUGUGAGGCCCAGGAUUAAUAAAGUCAACAGUUUUUCACAUUCUGAAAAUAUAGCAAAUAAUAUUCUUUACUCUGUAGUGGAACAAAUUGACACUAAUGAUUACAUUAUUCCACUGCCGGAUCCCAAGCCAGAGGAUUCUGAUAAUGUAGUCAAUGAAAAUACAGAAAGUCGACCAAGCUCUACUCUGGAAGAAGGCAAUACAUCUUCUACUAUAUCUUGUGACAGCCCUCUGGAACAAACUGAACAAGUGGUGGAAAACGAGUUAUGUCAAGCAGAGCAGCAACAAGACAUUGAAGACAGCUUUCUGUAAUCAGCAUGCAGACACGUAACAUUUGUUCAGCUGUUUAAAAAUCUAAAUUACACGUUGUUGCAGAGAGAGAAGUAUAUUGUCGCUCAAUAUUUCUCUAUAAUACCAACUUUACCUACCUGAAAAUAGACCUGAGAACUGUUUUACGUCAAGACAUCAAUGCAAAUAUAUACAUAUAAAUCAUAUAUUCAACAAGCACUUAUUACAGUUCUUCACUAUCUAAAAAGAGAAAAAGUAUAAAAUUGUAAAAAGAAUGCAUUAUAAUUGUAUCACAAUGUUUAAAGAUGUUACAUGUCCGUGCAUUUACUCUUUCCAUUCCAACCACAUCGUUGUUACAAGAUACCACAGCCCUUGGGGAAUAUGAGAAUUUCUAGCUAUUAAUUGUGCUUUUGAAAAUCAGACCCUGAUACUUAGAGUAGGGCACAUUUUAUGAACAACUAGCAGAUUAAAAGGUUUGUCAAAAAAACGAUUUGUUCUCAAAGAUAGAUGUCAGUGUCCAAAUGUCUUUUGAACUAACUUGCGAGUGAU